UCACCUGACACCACACACACACACACACACAGGACUGUGCUCCGCGGCUCGGCUCCACCUCGCUCGGCGGGUGUGUGAAGAAGAUCCAGCCCGUUAUUUCAAGGUUAUCUCCUGCAGGAGCCUCACUUCCCGGAUCCUAUGGGAAUUCUGAUAACCGCGGUGUUUCUCUGGGCUGCCGUCGGAGUGGGAAGCCGGCCAGUAAUCUCACCCCUUAAUGAUGCAAAGGUUGAAUGUAUUAUUCAGGAGACACUGAAUGAAGAUGGGUCACCGCAUGAUUGUGGCCCACAGCUAGCAGAUGAACUUGAUGAGGUGCACAGGCAUCAGGGUCUUCUCAGGGAGCUGCAGAAACUGGCUGAUGAUGAGAGAGAUAAGGAGCAUGAUGAUGAACGACAGCGGUACGAGUACAAUCUGGCCAAUGAUGAGAAGGACGAGAAUGACUUCGAGGAGACGGGCGAGGACGAGAGAGAUCUGAGCAACCUCGCAAAGGAAACAGAGGGAAAGGAAGAAGACAAAACAGAGGAUGAUGACACCAAGGAGAAGGUGAUGGAGGAGCCGCGCAUUGAAGACAGAGAGAGGGAUGACGAGGAGGAACGAGCCAAGGAGCUCGAGGAGCUGCUUGCCGAAGAGCUCGCCAAGAAAGGCAAGGAGGAGAGAAAUGACGAAGAGCUCAAAGAGCUGCUGAAGGAGCUUAAAAAGAAGAGGUACGAGGCGGUGAAGGAGAGGGAGAUCCAGAAAGGCGCUGGGAUGGAGCACAAAGACAAGGUGGAGGACAAGAAGAAGGAGCAGCAGGACAAAGAAAAGAAGGAGGAAAUGGUGGAGGACUUGGAGAAGCAGAGGCUCGAGGAGAGGAGGAAGAAUGAGGUGGAACUGAUGGUGGAGAAGGAGAAGGUGGAAAAAGAGUUGAAGGAGCUGCUCAAGGAGCAGGACAGCAAGGGCAAGCCAGAGCAGGAGAGGGAGAGGAAGGAGAAGCAAGAGGAGCUGGAUGAACUCGUCAGGAAGAUGAAACGGGUGCAGGAGGAGGAACAGCAGGAGGUGCAGGGCAGGGAGAAAGAGGACGAUGAGGAUCAAAAGACGGGGGAAGAGAAGAAGGAGGAGGGCGAGGAAGGAGACAAAGAGCCUGACUCCGAGAAAACAGAGACUGGAUUUAAGAAGGAAGAGGCAGCAAAGGAGGUGGAGGUGAAGGAGCCCCAGCAGAAGAGAGUGAUGGAGAAAGCGAGCGAUGAGGCUACACGGCAGUUUGAGCGGGAGCGGUACAAGGGUGAGGAGGAGGAGGAUGGAAAUGGGGAGGACGAGGAAGAUGAGGAUGAAUAUGUCAGGGAGGAUGAGGAGGGGCAGCAGGAGGAGGAAGACGAUGAGGAGGGUGAAGAGGAGGAUGAAGAAGAUGAAGGAGAAGAGCUGCUGGAGAUUGAAGCAGAGCUGCGCAAAGUGGCUGCAGAGCUGAGGGAACUUCGCAGAGGAUAAGACACCCAUAACACACACACACACAGCAGAAUGACAAAGCCCCUUUGUUGCAUUCACAGUCACACAUUUGGCUCACACAGUUUCCAUUUAACAGCCUUCAGAUCCCUUCAGCACUCAGAGGACUCUGUAAAUGGACAUUAGUCCAAAGUGUACAUACUGUUGGUUCAUUUCUGCUUUUAGAUUGCCUGGAGGGGAAAAAAAAUACUCUUUUUCUCUUUUGUUCAUUUGGAUGUGUUUCUGUGUUGAAGAAAAAGAUGUAGUUUUCCCAGAGAAUCUGAAAGCUUGUGCUCAUCAUUGUUGCCCCUGUCUUCUGUAAAUAACGUGCGUGAGGUAGACAGGCGAUAGAUGCAAUAGCAUUUCAGCACUUUCAUUCAGAUGUUAGUUUGAUUGCAGUUUGCCAGCCACGAAGAGUCACGAUCAUAGCAAUCAGCGCUUCUUUUACUCUGAAGGUUUCAUCUUUGAUGGCGUGUUGUUUGGGGGGGAAAAAAUACAGUUUCCCUAUUAUAAGUAGUUAGUGUAUUUUAAUAUACAGUAUAUUUUGUGCAAUAACUGUGUGUACCCUGGUGUUCCGACUGUUAACAAUACUGCUGAUAUUUGUACCCAGGAGGAAGUCGUUAUCUCCUCUUCAUUUCUUUGGCGACUUAAGUAGAAAUGAAGAUUGUUUGUUUCAUUUGGCGCACGCACUGUUACAGCCAGACUGUUCGCGACGAACCGGGGUGACACGAGCGAAACACACACUUGCACGUACAUCACACGUUAAGUUUGUCUUUUGCCUGGUUGAUCAUGUGGCAGAAGGAGGUGAUGUACUUACAGCUUACAAGGUCUAAAAGUGUCACCUCAGGUUUCUCAGCCAGCUUUGCACUCUUAUCUUAACAAGCCAAGGAGGAGCUGAAGGAAGGAGGAGAGGAAACACUAAAGCCAUUUGUUGUCUUUUUGGUAACAGCGACACUGACAAUAACGUCGAUAAAUACUAGGUAGUGUUACAUCCCAGUUUUCACGGCUGUCAUGUCAUUUGUGUAAAUAUCAGAUAUGUGGUCUGUAAGCCAAGGUCAUAGGAAAUAUGAAGCAACACCGCCCCCAAGAGGACACUGGGCAGAUAUGCACUUAGUGCAGGAUUAACAGGGUUGCUACUGGAGGCCCACUUAGUGCAAUAACACAGUAUAGACUAGAGCACACGCGAAUGCAAUAAUUAGCCAAAUACGGAAUUAUUUAAUGUAUUUUAAUAUGUAAUCAAAGUGCAUCAUGUGGUACUCGUAUACAAAUAUUUCUCUUUUUUCUACAAGGCCGAGAUUUAUGAUACGUUUAUGUAUUUGAACACUGGCCGAGCCGACGGUCGACUUGUGUAAACACGUGGUAAUAAUACACGUUAUGAAUCAACACUGACGAUGUUAUAGCAAUCUAUUCCAAAGAGGAGAUGCUUGUUCGCUUAAAGGUUAAUCAACAUGAAUGUACUGUAGUUCCUUUUUCUAUAGAAAUACAAAAUGAAUCUCACAAACCAGCAGGAACACUGCAGGAAACGUCUGUGGGGAGGUGACGCGCUCAGCAUAGAGGACAUAUGACACAAUAUGGAAAAAAGUGAUUAAAAAAGGCAUUUGUAUUAUUACUGGCCAAUCAGAGUGCUGUAUUUUGUGCCUGCUGUAUCUUCUUCUAUGCUACCUGUCAAUCAAUAAACAGAAAAGUAUACUCAA